AACAACAACAGGACAGCCGAAAAGAUGGCGUUCAAUUUUGGCGGCGCUGCCGCAACAAAUCCUGCUAGCACCUCAGGAUUUUCAUUUGGUUCAUUCGCUGCCAAAACAACAGCUCCCACCGCAUUUGGUUUCGGUGCUCCCACAACAACCACAGCUUCCACUGGAUUUGGUAAUUUUGGGACAGGCGGUGGCUUUGGUGGCUUUGGUGGAGCUGCUGCUACUACCACUACUGCGUCAUCGGGAUUCAGCUUUGGUGCCCCCACCACAGGCGGGCUGUUUGGGAAUACCCAGAACAAGGGCUUUGGGUUCUCCUCGGGGCUUGGAACUGCGGCUCCCGGCGCCACAGGCUUUGGCACCGGCCUGACAGGAGCUGGAGGGCUGGGCUUUGGAGGCUUCAACCUCCAACCGGCACAGCAGCAACAGCAAGGAGGUCUGUUUGGGCAGCCGGCGGCGCAGGCCCAGGCUUCGGCUCAGUCCAGCCAGCUGAUCCACACGGCCAGUGCCCUGUCGGCGCCCACCCUGCUGGGGGACGAGCGCGAUGCCAUCCUGGCCAAGUGGAACCAGCUGCAGGCCUUCUGGGGCACGGGAAAAGGAUUCUUCAACAACAACAUACCGCCCGUCGACUUCACCCAGGAGAACCCCUUCUGCAGGUUCAAGGCCGUGGGCUACAGCUGUACCCCGGGCAGUAAGGACGAGGACGGGCUGCUGGUGCUGGUGGUGAAUAAGAAGGAGGCUGAUGUCCGGGCGCAGCAGCAGCAGCUGGUGGAGUCGCUGCACAAGGUGCUGGGAGGCAACCAGAACCUCAGUGUCAACGUGGAGGGAGUCAAGACACUGCCGGACGACCAGACGGAGGUGAUCAUCUAUCUGCUGGAGCGUUACCCUAACGGCACGUCUAAGCGGGUGCCGGCGAGCACGCUGUUCAGCUUCGUGGAGCAGGCCAAUAUCAAGCCUCAGCUCCAGCAGCUGGGAAUCCUCAUGUCCCUCACGCGCACCGCACUCUCCCCCGCACAGCUAAAACAGCUGCUACAGAACCCGCCCGCAGGUGUGGAUCCAAUCAUAUGGGAGCAAGCCAAAGUGGACAAUCCUGAGCCAGAGAAGUUGAUCCCUGUGCCCAUGGUGGGCUUCAAGGAGCUGCUCCGACGCCUGAAGAUCCAAGAUCAGAUGACCAAACAGCACCAGACCAGAGUGGACAUAAUUGCCAGUGACGUGAGUGAGCUGCAGAAGAACCAAGCUACUACGGUGGCCAAGAUCGCUCAGUACAAGAGGAAACUGAUGGAUUUGUCCCACAGAGUAUUACAGGUGCUGAUAAAGCAGGAGAUCCAGAGGAAGAGUGGCUAUGCCAUCCAGGUGGAUGAGGAACACCUCCGCGUGCAGCUGGACACCAUCCAGUCAGAGCUCAACGCCCCCACGCAGUUCAAGGGUCGACUGAACGAGCUGAUGUCCCAGAUCCGAAUGCAGAACCACUUUGGUGCGGUGCGAUCAGAGGAGCGCUACAGCGUGGACUCGGACCUGCUUCGGGAAAUCAAACAGCAUCUGAAACAGCAGCAGGAUGGUCUGAGUCACCUGAUCGGCGUUAUCAAAGACGACCUGGAGGACAUCAAGCUCAUCGAGCAUGGCCUCCACGAUAGUAUGCACAUCAGAGGGGGCAAGCUGAGCUGACCGAAACACACACACACACACACACACACACACACACACACACACACACACACACACACACACACACACACACACACACACACUUCUCUCUCUCACUUUCUCCCUCACAUACAUUCACACAUGGACACACAAAAUCUUUCUUGCGCGCGCGCGCACACACACACACACACACACACACACACACACACACACACACACACACACACAAGCAGUCAUUUCUCUCUCUCAUUCAUUCUAUCUUACUCUCUCUCUCUCUCUCUCUCUCUCCCUCACCCACACACACAGCCUCUCUCUGUGUCUUCUUCUCAUUCUGUCUUUUAUCUCUCUCUCUCUCUCUCUCUCUCUCUCUCUCUCUCUCUCUCUCUCUCUCUCUCUCUCUCUCUCGUUCACACACACUCCCCUACACCUUGAAUAUUCAGCUCUUCCACAAUCUAAUAGAAUAAAAACUUUUGCUACUGUCACAAAAUGCAGCCGUGUUGGUCAAGUGCCUUUGUGAAGUGUUUAGGUUGGAGCAGUGCUGCUGUCCAAGGAUUACAUAGCUAUCAGAUGUCAUGUUUGGUCAGGAUCAGAUCAGUGUGAAGACGAUGCAUUUAUUCUGAAAUGGAUUCGCCAUGUAUUGUAUUGCAUUCCAAAAAAACCCCUCUCUGACUAUGAAUGCAGCUCCAUUUGUAUAUUAACGGAGGUUUAUUUGGCAUAUACUUUCAUACAGAGUUUUUUUUCUUCUUUUUUAAAAUAAAGUCACAAGAAAAUGCUUAUUAUGAGGCAGUGGUAACCCAGAGAUGAAACAUCAUAGUUUCGCUAUGAUUAUGCUGUAUAUACAAUGUAUUGCAUUGGAUUGUGUGUUUUUAGAUAAUGUCAUUUUGGUAAUGAUGUCAAUCUUGUUCAAUAAAGAUCAAAGAAAGCUUAA